AUGGUCCUCGGCUGGCUCCUGCUCCUGGUGGCGGCUCUGCCCCGGGGCACGACAGGCGUCAAGAGCUGCAUGUUCUGUGAGCUGACCGACUCGUCACACUGCCCCGGCUUCCCCAUGAACUGCGGCGACGAGGAGGAGUGCUUCAUGGGCAAGGGGACGGCCCCCGGCCUCGGCCCCGUCAUCAACAAAGGCUGCAUCCGGGCCACGCAGUGUGGCGGCGAGGAGCCUGUCACCUACCAGGGCGUCACCUACAGCCUCAUCUCCACCUGCUGCUACGGCCAGCUGUGUAACAGGGCCGCCACCCGCACAGGCAGCUGGAUGACGGGGGCCACCGCCGGCCUGGUGCUGGGCUUGUUCCUGCUUCACUGA